AUGUCUUAUGCAGAUGGGCCACUGUACGAUUCGUCUGCUUACACAGAGUGUAAAGUGCACGCAGAAGAGCCACUUUACAAUGGAGGUGUUCUCAAAGAUCAUCAGGUUUCAACAAUGGCUGUUGAGGACAACAAUGGAACCCGAAUUUAUUCGCCUGCUUUUUUGUUGCACAACCUCAUCCAAGGCACCAUUUACUGUUUCUCCAGUUGA